UUGGGAUACUAAAUAGUAGGAUAUAUCAUAAUAUUAGAUCGUAAGCUUUAAGGUAGUAUUAGACAGUAGGUUAUACUGUGAUACUAGAUAGUGGACUAUACUGUGAUUCUAGAGAGUAGGUUAUAUUAUAAAUAUGUCGUAGACUUCAUUGCGAGACUAGUUAGAUCAGUAUGCUAUUAGACAUAUCUUUUUCAUGCUGGUAGAUCUGUGAUAUUAAAAAGUUCCAAAUUCAAUUGUCUGUAUGUGUCUGAAAAAACAAUGUAUUCAAGCUGAUAGAACUAAAGUUGACAAUGAACUUGAACAUUAUGCAAUAGAGUCAUGAGUAGACAACUUACCAGAUUAAUGUUACUUGAAAUAGAACGUCCUACGAGGCACCCGACAAUUUAUGUGUUAGCAAUCCACUUAUCCACAAAGUAGUUAUUUUUUUGCUAUGUGUGUAACAAAAUAGUGUACCAAAAUAACCAAUUAUUAAAUGUAUAGCAAUAGUUUAACAUUCCCCAGCUUUGUUUAGAUCAUUGUCUCUCAGCUAUUUACACCUAGGAGGUGGUGCUGGGGUCAUGCAAUCAAUCAGUGUUGGCUACUUCGUAAAUAUUUACAGAGGAGAGCUACGACAAUGUAUUUGUACAAAACCUAUAUCAACUCACUCUGUCUGUCUGGUAAAAAGAUUUACACGUUAUUUCUCCCACACCCAAUCUCAGAUCAAGCUGAAAUUUUGCACCAUUAUUUCUUUUACCUGACAGCACAAGAAUCAAUAAAAAAAAACAUUAAACAAUUAGUUAACGAACUAUUGGUCAAAUGGGAUCAGAUUCGGAAUCCGAGUCAGAUUUACAUUCUAGAAUCUCAAAAUAUGAAUGUCUCUUCAAUGAAGAUGUACAAAUAGAACAUUUCUGCAGGCGACUCAAAGAAAUAAGGAAUACGCUUCAAGAUGAGCUCGAGGUUGACCAAGACUGCCAACAAGAAACAAUUUACAAACUGAAUUUGUUCACAUGGAUCGAACACCGUCUGGACAAUGUUGCCAAGGCCAGAGAGCUGAAUCAGCGGGUUCUGAAACUUACAGAACAGACAAACAAUAUAACAUCAUUGGUGAACCAUGCAUUUUUAUUAAGAGACGAUGGGGAGAACACAGAAGCAGAAAAAUGUCUGAACAAAGUAGAUUUAGUAAGGAAAGGACCUAAUGCUAAAUUCCAGAAUAUGGAAUGCAAAGCUGAACUGGCUUACAGCUAUAGCCGUUUAGGUACAGCGAAGUAUAUAUCAAAAGCAAUAGGUAUUUAUAAGGACAUUGUUGAUGCUUUUCCAAAUGAAUUUACAUGGAAGUAUAGUUUAGGACUUACUCACAGAAGAGCUGUUCAUGGAAAUAUUUCUACCUCUAUGCCUUCAAGACAGCCGGCAGCAAAACACAUAGAAAUUGCAGCCAAGUACUUAUUUGAUGUAGCGCUAAAUUGUCCAGAGGCGUGUCUUCGUGGGAGGGCCUACUCCCAGCUUGCUGUUAUGAUGAACUACUCUGAACCCUUCUUUGGCAAUGACUCUCGCAGAAUAUUUCGCGAAAAGACGGUACUGGAGCUGAUAGACGAAGCUGUAAGGCACAGCCCAGAGGACGCCUGGACGCUUUCUGAGACUGGGUUCAUCUUAAGCUUUUAUAAUCUGGAUAAAGCUAUAGUACAGUUAGAAAAGUCUUUAGGUCUCAAGAAACAUGCUUUAACAUUUCACCAGCUUGGUAAGUGCUAUGUGAGGAAAGCGAAUUCUCUUGUGAAGGAACGUUCUUGGAAAUGCUCUGCCCCUUCUCAAACUACGAGGUCUAGAGCCACUCACAAUGCAAGCUUGCCAAACUUUGGCGCUACAUUUCAAAAGCCGAAAUCACUCAAUGUUCCGAUUUCUAGAACUACACACUACAGACAAAAUUGUGGUCAGCAUAGAAAAUACUCAAAGCAAAAUGACAAUACUUCUGUGAAUUGUAACUCUAAUAGACAAAAAAGAACUAAUAUUUGGAAUCCGCAUAAUAAAAGACUUUUAACUUGCCCGCUUAAGAUGCUUCCAUUAAAAAGGGAGGACGACUAUGUCACAAAAGCUAUAGACUGUUUUAAAGAGUCUAUUCAGAUGUCUUGGGAGAACAACUAUCCAGCAAUGUACAGUCUGGGUCUGACACUGAGAGCCUGUGGUAAGUAUCAAGAGGCCACAGAGGCGUUUAACAAAAUUAUCAAUAGAUGCCGCUUGGAAUCUAAUCACUUUAUUACAUUCAUUUGCUCGUUUGAGCAAUGCGGUCUUUGCUUGAUGGAGAUGGCAAAGCAAGAAGAUAUAGAACUGUCUGUAGAAGAAAAAAUUAAAUGGUUUAAGAAAUCUGAAAAGAAUUUGCUAAAAGCAGUAAGUCUUGCUGCUACACUAGCUACCAAAGACCCAGAAAUAAAAAACCAUACCCAGAAUAUUUGGAACUCAUUUAGAACUCUGGAAGAAAAAUACAGAAUUAGUGAUGAUUCUCCUGAAAUUAUUAAGAAGUUAAUAUGCUCUUCAGAGAGCAGGUCAGUAUGAAAAAAUUCCACCAGUUAUCAAACAACUAAAAUCUCUGAAUGACUCCGAUAUCGCUGAUCCAAAGGUCGUCGAAGCAGCGCUGGAAAGUUAUCUCGCUUUGAAAGACUUUGAGUCAGCAAUGACAUUCGCAUCAAUGGUGAUGACAACUUCUGUGCCCAUGACAGAAAGUAUAAACCUUUUGAUAUUGAAAACGCGUCUUUUCACAGCAGAAUUAAGACUUCGCUCAGAUCUAGCGAGUGCUAAGCUCAUUUUUCAACCUUUGUUUCACUCUCUCGUAAAUUCUGAGCAACAUGGACCCCGCUCAGAUUCUUCGACAGCUGAAUCUAUCAGUAGUGAUGUCUCUAACGCACCUGAGUCUGAAGAAGCUUCUCUAGAUGUCUUAAUAUUUUGGGAUGAGGAAUCUCCAAACCAAGAGAACAUUAAGAACAAAGUCAGAACACUUCAGAGAUGUCUGAAAGAUGUGUUUGGUCUAGAAUCCAGUGCAAAUCUAGAGUACUAUAGUCAUGGCGGUGUCGAGAUUGAAUUAAAAAUUCACGAAAUUAUGCGAACCAGAUUUCUACUUGUCAUUCUAGACGAAUGCUCAUCUAGGUCCUUCGAGUUCAUCCUAAACUACAUUCCUAAUAAAUUUACUUACAAAUCUCCCAGAGUACUUAUCGGUCUGACUGACACUGCUUCCACUGUUCCUAGUUUGUUAAAGACUUACAAAACUUUAUUAUUGGAGAAUGCUCUAUUUUCACUCUUUGAAGAGGAAUGUGUGUCACCUGUAAGCAAAGAAAUACCGGACACGGACGCACAAUCAAGUUUACCGGACGUUACAAGUCUCCCGGACAACUGGUCAAUAAAGAACGGCGAUGCCCUUAAUUAUGUUAUGACUUUAUAUUGUUCAAUGAUUGGUCAGGAAUGGCCGUUGUGAUCUUUAACCUUGAUCCCUGAGUCACUGGUAAAGGAAAUGAAGAUCUCAGGGAUAUUUUAGUUAUUUAGAAAAUCACUGUGUAAAUUUCUUUAAAAAAUAUUAAUAUUCUAAUGACGAGAUUACUAGUAUACUAUAAAUAUAGCCCUCAUAAUAUCUGGGCAACAAAACUCUUGCAGAAGUGAUCCUCUAGAGUGAACAUUUGACCACCGGCAGCAGGGACAACAUCAAGCCGAUCUUCCUCCCAAACAGGCUUCAGAAUGUCCCCUUCCAAUUGCAGCCGUGGCUUGAUCUUUCAUGUCAUUAUGACAGUGGCACACACAACGCCUUCUGCCAUUUUGAAGGUAAAUAUUGAAGUGAGUGAUUGGAAUUGACCACAAGUUAAACAAAGAUAACUCCUGUACCAAAUGACUAUUAAUUCAGCCCAUUAUAUCAUCAUUUUAACAAUUAUUAAAAUAUAUUUUCCUUUCGUAAAAGCUUGUGUUAUCUUUACUUUAUACUUUCCUUGUACUGAAUGGCUUUAAUGGCAAUAGCUUCAACAGAAGGCCCUUUACACUACAGGGGGGAGUUACCGAUGUUCAACCCGCGCCCCCCCCCCCCACCAGUUUUUUGUAAUAGGUGAGAUUUGAAUGUUAAAUC